CAUCAUAGCGACUGGGCAGGGCUAAAUACCUCAAAAAUUCCGAUUUCAUAGCUUGCGGCAGUGAUCAGUUCGAAGUCAUUCAUUAGUGGGAUUUUGAGUUGUUUGAGUGUUUGCAUUUGUUAAAAUGUCUGCCGUUCAAGCUGAAGAAGCUCCUGCUACUAAUACUACAGCACCUGUUGUGGAUAAAGGAAAACCAUCUGUUCAUAAAACAGAUUAUGAAAAAGAUGUUGUUUAUGUGUACCAGUUCACUCGAUGUCCGACUUUGCCGUCGGCGUCUCCUUUCUGUCUUAAAGUCGAAACUUGGUUGAGAAUGACAGAAGUUAAAUAUGAGAAUGUUGAUCAUAAAAUGAAAUAUAAAUCUAAAAAGGGGCAGCUACCUUUUGUUGAAGUAAAUGGAGUUGAAAUUGCUGAUUCAGAUAUUAUCAUUAAAGAGCUCAGUCAAAUGUUUGGUAAAGAUUUGGAUGAACACUUGACAUUAGAUCAAAAGAAUGUUAGUCAUGCGUUUGUUUCCAUGCUAAAUAACCACACCAGUUGGGUUAUGAGAUGGUGGCGUUAUAGUCACCCAGGAGAGUUCUUAAAAGCAGCUCAAAUGGACAUCAAAAGAACUUUGAACUCUAAGUUGCCCAAAGGACUUCUUCAGUUUUUCUUUAAACUCGGUUUCAAGAGUAAUAUUAAGCGAACUAUAGGCCAUGGAGUUGGGCGUCAUAAUUCAGAUGAAAUCUAUGAAUUUGGAAAGAAAGAUCUGAAAGCACUCAGCGAAUAUCUGGCUGAAAAACCAUAUUUCUUUGGAGAAGAACCACACUUGUUGGAUUGCGUUGCAUUUUCCCACCUUUGCCAAUUUGUAUAUGUGCCAUUUGGAGGAAUGAAAGAGUACCUCGAAUCGGAUUGCACAAAUUUGCUGUCUUUUGUUGAACGCAUGAAAGAGAGGUACUGGCCUGAUUGGGAGGAGAUCUGCAAAACCCUUGAAAUGAACACUCAUUUGCCCAAAAAGGAAGAAGAGCCUGCCAAGGAGGAAGAGAAAAAAGAAACUCCAGAGAAAGCAGAUGAUGCCACAACCGAGAAAGACGAAAAGCCAGAAAAGGAUGAGAAAAUUGAAACGAAGGAGGAAGAAGCAACAGAAAAGCCCAAAGAGGAUAGCAACGAAACAAAAGAAUGAACAAAAUUUAUUCAUUGGACUUGAAACUUUUUUUUUGUUUUUCCAAAGAGAUUGUUCUCUUCCCCCCUUUUUCAGUCAAAGCUUUAAGUGGAUCAGUGUUGUGUCGUGCUUGUUCAUCCGCAGCUGUUAUUUUGUUGUAGCUCAAGAUAUAUAUAUUCUUCAUUCCAUAAUGCAAUUUUUACAGGGUUGGUAAACUUUCAUCAGGAAUGGUAAAAACUGGCAAAAAAAAACAGGUUUUUAACAAAAUAGUUAAACAUCAACAAAAAUUUAUUUUUAGAUUUUAGAUAUGGGACAAAUUUUUAUCUGUAGAAAAUGAACUAUCUUCCUAAAGGUAGUUAAUAGCUCAUUCUAUUUUAAAUUUUACCUAUAAUCAAUUUUAAACUUGCAUAUUUGACUCCUUAACUGUUAAGUAACUUUGAGCUAAUGUAUACUUUGUGAAACCAUAUUUAGUGUAUUGCAUACUUCGUUGCGCAUAAGCAUAAGGUGCUAAGGGUUUUCUGUUUAUCUCAUUUUUACCAGUUUUUUCCUCCGUCUUGAAAAAGCCCUGGAUUUUAAUGACUGAACAGUUCUUGAAUGCCCUUAAUUUUUUUUUCUUUUCUACACUUAAUUUUAGUAUUAAAGUGACUAGGAAAAGAUUCGACUGCUAAACGGUUGAUCAUUCCUCGAUCCUAUGCAUGGAUUUUUCCUGAGAAAAAUCUUCGGCAGCUCUGGUGUGUUGCUCAAGUUUUUUGAUGCUUAGGAUGGGUUUUUUUAUCCUUCAUUCCUAAGCAUUAAUAUUUGUUUUUACACUAGUCUUACAUUUCCAUUUUUGAGAUGAAAAUUUGCUCAUGAAUACUCAGUAUUUUAUUUUUAUAUUAAUGAUCAUUUUUUUUUAUCCUACUUAAUUUAAAGCUUUAUCUUAUUGUCUAGCCCUUUUGGCCUUUUUGUAAUCUACUUUUGAUGAAUUCUUUUUAUACUGUAUGCAUUUUUUUGAACUUCAGCAUUUGUGAAUUAAAGAAGCGAUUUUUUAGUGAUAUUUUAAUAUUUGUAUGUCUUGUUUUUCAUUUCUCGCAUUUUUUUCUAACCUGCACACUAAAUGUGGGCUGCCAAGGAAUGCAUUUUAUUCUGUUGCAUACUGUGUAACAUGUUUUUUCAUAUCAAUUUUAAUGCAGUUUUACCUUUUAAUGUGCAUAUUUGUCAUACUUUUGCACCAGUCUGUGGAAUGUUUUGUGUAUACCCGACAUAAUUUUACAAUUGUAUACCUUUGUAUCUUGUAUUAAUUGUUAAUAAAUAAAGCUUUACUGUGUAAA